AUGCAAUUCAAUUUAAAGCAUAUAAGUAACGGCGCCGCUGGCCCCUUAACCGGAGUAUGCACAUCCUACGUGUCUCCUUAUCCCGAUCUACUUAACAUUGAAAUCCGACAUAAAGGGCCUGUGAUGCGCAUUCUCGUUAGUGGAGCGGGUAUUGCGGGGCCCACGCUUGCUUGGUUCCUGGCAAAAACGGGCGCACACAUUGACAUUGUUGAAAAAAGUAACUCCCUCCUUUCCAAUGGCCAUGCUGUAGAUUUCAAAGGCAGUGCGACCACAGUGGUCAAGAAGAUGGGGCUGCUAGAUGAAAUCAAUCAAUCCAGCACAAGCGAAAUGGGUACUCGGUUCAUCGGUUCAAACGGGCGGCCGUUCGCAACCUUCUCGGCCCAGGCGGGCAAAUGGGAGGGACAGUCCGCCAGCCUUACAUCAAAUAUUGAGAUCCUUCGCGGAGACUUGGUGGCGAUCCUUUAUAAGGCUACGAAGGACCAUCCCAAUAUCAAGUAUCAUUUCGGUACCACAGUCAAGGAAGUCAUUUCGAACAACCAAGACAGUGUCAAGGUCGAAUUGAGCAAUGGGGACGUCAAAGAAUUCGACCUUUUGGUCGCAGCAGAUGGCCAGUGGUCAAGAAUACGAAGACAAUACUUUCCCCCAGAAUGCGUGAAAGUGUUGGAUAUGGGCAUGUACAGUGCAUACUGGACUAUUCCACGCUUGAAGAGCGAUGAUGACUGGUGGAACAUCUACGUGGCUCUUGGUUCCAGGGCUGAUAAGCCUAAGACCUGA